ACGGGUACACUCAUCUGGAAGCUGAUUACGGAUUUUCUACCUCCCAAACUGGCAACCUGCAUGUUGUUGAGGGGGAGGCGCUAGUUCACAGUAGUUUCUGGAAAGGAACCUCAUGCUUACACCAUGGAGAAAGCUUCAGCAUUGAAAGACCAAGGAAACAAGGCGCUGAGUGCUGGAAAUGUCGAUGAGGCCAUACGUUGCUACACCGAAGCCUUGAGUCUUGACCCAUCCAACCAUGUCCUGUUCAGUAACCGCUCAGCUGCCUAUGCCAAGAAAGGCAACUAUGAGAAUGCUCUCCAGGAUGCCUGUCAGACUAUCAAGAUCAAGCCUGAUUGGGGGAAGGGCUACUCCCGUAAAGCUGCUGCAUUGGAAUUUCUUGGCCGAUUGGAUGAUGCUAGAGUAACUUACCAAGAGGGACUCAGACAGGAGCCAAGCAAUCAGCAACUAAAGGAUGGGCUGCAGAACAUUGAGGCCAAGCUUGCAGAGAAAACAAUGAUGAAUCCCUUUGCCAUGCCCAACUUGUAUCAGAAGCUGGAGAGUGAUCCUCGGACUCGUGAGCUGCUGGCAGAUCCCAGCUACAGAGCACUGCUAGAGCAGCUCAAGAGCAAACCAUCUGAGCUUGGAACGAAGCUGCAGGAUCCCAGAGUGAUGACUACUCUCUCUGUGCUUCUUGGACUAAACCUCUCUGAGAUGGAGGAGGAUGAAGAGCCAACUCCUCCUCCUCCCGCAAAACCCAAAGAGACUCAGCCGCCACCUCCCAAAGAGGAAGACCUCCCUGAAAACAAGAGAAAGGCCUUAAAGGAAAAGGAGCUUGGGAAUGCUGCAUAUAAGAAUAAAGACUUUGAAACGGCACUGAAACAUUAUGAAGAAGCGAUUAAACACGACCCAACAAACAUGACUUACAUAUCUAAUCAAGCAGCUGUGUACUUUGAGAAGGGAGAUUUUGACAAGUGCAGAGAGCUGUGUGAGAAAGCCAUUGAUGUUGGCAGAGAGAACAGAGAAGACUACAGACAAAUUGCUAAGGCCCUGGCUCGAAUUGGCAACUCGUACUUCAAGCAGGAAAAGUACAAAGAAGCAAUUCAGUAUUUCAACAAGAGUUUGACAGAGCACCGAACUCCUGACGUGUUGAAGAAGUGUCAACAGGCAGAGAAGAUUUUGAAGGAACAGGAGAAACUAGCCUAUAUCAACCCAGAGUUGGCCCUGGAAGAGAAGAGCAAGGGCAACGAUGCCUUCCAGAAAGGAGACUACCCCUUAGCCAUGAAACAUUACACUGAGGCCAUCAAGAGAAACCCUAAUGAUGCCAAACUCUUCAGUAACAGAGCUGCCUGCUACACAAAGCUGCUGGAGUUUCAGCUUGCCCUGAAGGAUUGUGAAGAGUGCAUCAAACUAGAGCCCACCUUCAUAAAGGGCUACACACGUAAAGGAGCUGCUCUGGAGGCCAUGAAAGACUAUUCCAAAGCUAUGGAUGCAUACCAGAAGGCUCUAGAGCUUGACUCUUCCUCAAAGGAAGCCUCAGAAGGCAUUCAGCGCUGCAUGGUAAGUCAGGCCAUGAGGAAUGACAGCCCUGAGGAAGUGAAGAAAAGGGCCAUGGCUGAUCCAGAGGUGCAGCAAAUUAUGUCUGACCCAGCCAUGCGUAUGAUCCUUGAGCAGAUGCAGAAGGACCCACAGGCCCUUAGCGACCACUUAAAGAAUCCAGUUAUUGCUCAGAAGAUACAGAAACUCAUCGAUGUUGGACUGAUAGCCAUUCGUUAAUGGGAGACAUGAGCCACAGCUGUUAAACCCUCCAAAAUGAAACUUCUUUUACUUAUUCUUUCUUCUUUCUCUUUUUUCUUUUU